AUGAAACAAAAACUCAAAAACAAACUCGCCGCAAUAUACGAUCUCACAGGGCUAUCCCAGAUCCACCUUACCCUAGCACCCCUCCGCCAGAAACUCUUCUCCUCAACCGACCAGAUCUCCACCCUCCUUGAGCUCUGCUACUCCCUCGCCCGCAUCUCCCCGGGCUGGUCGUCGUCGUCGAGCUCCGGGUUUCUGCACGAAAAACACUUCCACCAGUCGCCCAUCAAGCUCAGAAUCAAAACCCUCGGGGACAAAGCCGUCAAACUGAUGCUGCCUGCCAGCGCGCCGAGGAGUGCGGGCCCGUAUGUGAGGGAGGGAUACCAGCUAGGAGACGGAUGUAAUUUUAAUAGCUUCGUUUCGAUGCUGCCGGAGAGCUGCCGGGAUAUCUCGCAGAAGGCUAGUCCGCUGGGGUUGGUUGCGAUGCUGUUUCCGUAUGGGAAGACGGAGGAGAAUAUGAGAUAUGUUGCGUGCUGCUUCUGGAUUUGGUUAUGUGUGAUUGACGAUCUGACCGAGCAUCUCGUUGGGGACGAAUGGGAGCAAACCGAAUCUGACCUAAUGCUCGUCUUCAACACGCCUAGAGAUUCCAUGGACUGUCUCAACUACUUCCACAAAGACAGCGACGCCGUGCAAGUCUCCCACGCCCUCCGCACCGUCAUCGACUCAACCUCCAUCUACUACCAAUCCGGCGUCGUUUCCGCUCCCUGGAAAGUCGCAUUCAACAAUGCCGUCAAGGAGGUCAUUGCUGGCUUUAGGGCCGAGAGACCGCUCCUUUCAGCGGACAGGAUUGAGCUGUCUGACUGGAUGCCCGUGAGGAUGAUCACGAUUUCUGUACGCCCAUUCAUGAUCCUCGCAAAGGCAAGCCUAAACCUCGACCUCACAAUGUCCAACUUCGGAAACCCACUACGUGAAGACCAAACACCCUCCUCCGACCACCGCCGCGGCUACGACGCUACCCUAGCCAAAGUCGAGCGCCUCCUCCAACUCAUCAUGGGCCUCCAAAACGACAUCCUAGGCUGGGAAAAAGACUUCGCCCUCUCCAACCCGCUCAACGCCAUCCAAAUCCUCAUCCUCCACGGCGCCACGCCCAGCAGCGCCUUCGCCGACGUCGUCGAGACCCACAACGAGCUCGUGCGGCAGCUCUUCCACUACGGCGAGCGCGCAUGGAUCGAGUCACUCACCGCCGGCGACGAUAUUGGCGGCCCGGGAACCUACACGUACGGUGCGACGGUGCGCUCGAACCGCAGCAGUAUUGCGAGCUUCAUGGCGGCCCCCGGACAGAGGCAGAGGUUGAUGCCUGAUGUGGACGUGCAGAGGUAUCUGGAGCUUAUCAUGGGCUUUGCGAAUGGGAUGGCGAGCUGGAUGGCGGUGAGUAAGAGGUAUGAGGUCUCCGUCUGA